AUGACGGACUCUUUUUAUCUGGCUUCGGCCAGCGAACAACAAAGAUCAACUGCAUCCAACCCGCCUGUCCCUUGGACACUACACCCAAUCGACGUUCCCGCUCAACCACUGACAAGACCACCAGCCGUGCUUCUCUCCUUGUGGGAUGUACGCCGAGCGCGCUUGACUUCUCCGAGCUAUUACCGGCACAUCCCACCUCCCGUGUCACCGUUUCCUGAGCCGCAGCGUUCUUUUGCGACAAUUGCCACCCAGACUACAGACAGCGAGUGGGAGUCUCCGGUAAAACCAACUGAGAACCGCCGUCCCCCAACGCCUCCCAGUUCGCCGGAAAGCAGAUACACUCCGCCACCCAGGACCGUGACCGAUCCCCCUAGACGACUGACAUCAACACUGACGCCUCCACCACAUUGCAUUAUCACUAAAACUGCACCAUGUAUUACUUGGCAACCAUGCAAAUAA